AGAGCCUCUUUUCUUUAUUUCUUUACAGUACCUCGUUUGCUCCUCAAAUUUGCUUCGUCGCUCAUCGUAUUUUCCCCUAUCACGGUAUACCGUAUCAUUGCACUCUAUCACAAGAAUGUCCCAGAAAUUUGGGUAGCUCCACAUGGUUUCGAGGUUUCAGCUUGUUCGAUAAUUUGAUCUUCAAAGUAAUGAAGUCAGAGGUUUGGUACUUUAGUAACCAUGCCCGCCUGGGCUCAGCGCUCAGAUCUCAGUAUCGACGAAUAAGUACCCUUGAUCGAAGUCUCUCGUCACUAAUCCUUGCAUUAUCCUGCUUUGCUGAGCCGUUACAGUGCAGGUUAACUGGUUCCUUCUCACGCGGGCCAGGUCUAUCACUAUCGCUGGUUCCGAUGAAGUUACAAACCUCCCAUAUUUUCCACCCCUCAGAAACCUUUGCAUAUGGUCAUUUCCUACGACUCUAUCACCUGUUGAGCCCAUCGUCCAAGUGAAGAUUAGGUGGUUUAAGGCACAGACAUAUCGCUAUGCUGUCACUCAGAUAGCAUAGUACGUUGUUUCAAUUCCUGAAGCUCGUCUGGGAGAGGAAGCAACCUAUUCUCAGUCCCACGUCUUCCCUCUUCCCGGCGGGUAGUUACCGGAAUAAAAAGAAGCCUUCCAAAACAGAACGGGGAAACAACCGCUCAGCUUAUCCGUUCUCACCGAGGUCGAACGUCGGAAAUACAGACUCCACUCGCACGUCCACAUGGCUCAUGUAGCUAUGCUUCCCAAACAACUGAGAGAGUGGGCAAUCGCGUUUAUGUUCGCUUCCCUUGCGAGUUCUCGCGCACGCAUGUUGUCGACAGAGGCAUCUGUCCUCUUUACGCUCGGGAAUGCCAUGGUCUUGGGACUCGCUCAGGAUAUUCUUGCUCCUCCUUAUCGUCCGAAUUCUUUGCGGCCUUGGUUAUCCUGAGUUUUGGACAUCUAUAUAAAGUGUCUCUAGGAAAGUCUCCCAGACAACAGUUCUUCAUCUCACACACAAAAGAUGAAGAUCUCCUCCUCCUUAAGGCUCUUCAGCUUUGUCUGUCUUCUUAGCCACGUUCAGGUCUGGGGUUCUAAGUUCCCUCCGUCAAGCAUCAAGGAUGCUAGCACACCUGGUAAUAUUGUGCCAAACAAGUUCAUUGUAGAGGUGGAAGAUGCCUCAAGUAUUCCUGGCAAGCGCGAUACCGGCCUCGUUUCUCGUGAGGCGCACGAGUCACUCUAUGACUCCCUGCGCAAACGCGAUGUCGGCUUCAAGGUCGACAAGGAAUUUAACUCCAAGGGUCUAUUUGUUGGCGCAGCUGUGACCUUAACAGAUGCGAAAGACAGGGCGAAGGUCUUAGAUAUCUCAGGUGUUAAGGCCGUUAGGCCAGUCGUGUUUAUUCCUGCACCCAAGCCUGUGAGCGUCAAGGUUGUGAAAGACCCUUCAGACCCUGCUGUUCCACCUGAUUCGGAGUCCACUCACGUUCUCACUGGUGUCGACAAGCUCCACGCUCAGGGCAUCACCGGAAGUGGCGUUAAGAUCGGCAUUAUUGACACCGGGAUUGACUAUACUCAUCCUGUUCUCGGUGGCGCGAUUGGUCCAGGGCACAAGAUCAUUGGCGGGUUCGACUUUGUUGGUGAUGACUAUGAUGGUUCGAAUACGCCUGUCCCGGAUUCAGACCCACUGGAUCAGUGUAACGGCCACGGAACUCACGUCGCUGGAAUCAUCGGAGCCGAUCCCGACAACGCAUUUAAUAUCAGCGGCGUGGCUUUUGGGGCAUCUCUAACUUCGUACAGAGUCUUUGGCUGCACCGGUGGAGUUACUGAUGACGUUCUCAUUGAAGCACUCCUUCGUGGAGUCUCAGAAGGUCAAGAUAUCUUGACCAUGUCUCUCGGCGGGAGCUCCGGAUGGACCGAAACAUCCUCUGCCGUUGUCUCUAGCAGAAUCGCAGAUUCAGGAAAAGUUGUUACGAUUGCCGCAGGUAACGAUGGCGCUGUUGGUGCCUUUUUCAGCUCUUCCCCCGGAAAUGCGAUCUCCGCAAUCUCUGUCGCGUCCCUCGACAACACCGUUAUCCCGUUACAGAACGCGACGGUUGUUGGCGUCACGCACGAUCAUAUCACCUACUUCAGCACGUUCCCCUUCCCAGUCAACGCCACUCUGCCGAUAUUUGCAACAAGCACGGAUCCAACUGUAGUUGACGACGCCUGCGACCCUCUUCCUGACGAUACGCCUGAUCUCAGUGGGUUUCUGGUCAUCAUUCGCCGAGGCACCUGCACAUUUGUCCAGAAGAUGACGAACGUCGGAGCUAAGGGAGGAAAGGUGGCUCUUAUCUAUGACAAUGGGACCGGCUUUACUGCCAUCGACGUUGGCAACUUCACUGCUACUCUUAUCCAACAAGCCGAUGGCGUUUUCCUUGUCAACGAAUUCGCCAAAGGCACCAAUGUCUCCAUCUCUUUCCCACAAGAAGGCUCAAGCUUCCAGUUCCCAGAUGCAGCAGGUGGUCUUAUCUCGUCCUUCUCCUCCAUCGGCCCAACAAACGACAUGUUCUUCAAGCCGGCCAUCGCAGCUCCCGGUGGCAACAUCUUAUCCACACUUCCGGUUCCUCUAGGUAGCUUCGGUGUUGAGUCUGGUACUUCCAUGGCUACGCCUUUCAUCGCGGGAGUCUCCGCUCUGCUUUUUGGUGUUAAAGGGAACGGCGCCAGUGUCGGGACGACUGCUAGAACCCUGUUCGAAACUACUGCACAACGGGUUAGCUCUAGCCAUACGGAUGGUGAUCCGUUGCAGAGCGUUGCCAUGCAAGGUGCUGGAUUGGUGAAUGCGUUCGAUGCAAUUCAUUCAGACAUCGUCGUGAGCCCAGGCGAGUUCCUGCUUAAUGAUACCGCCAAUUUCAAAAGCUCGCAAACUUUCAGUGUGAAGAAUACUGGAACGACCGCCAAGUCUUUUAAGGUAUCGCACGUCCCGGCUGGAACUCUACAAGCAUUUCAACCGGGAACUGCCUUCUUCCAAGAUGCUCCGGUACCUUUCCUCUCCCAGACUGCAACAGUCACAUUUAGCGAGACGUCCUUCACAGUCCAAUCCGGCCAAACUCAAAAGCUGACAGCACACUUCACACCACCAGCAGGCGUCAACUCAUCUCUUCUUCCCAUCUACUCCGGAUUCAUCGACAUUUCUAACGCCAAUGAGACAUUCCACGUCUCUUACCUCGGUGUUGCAGCUAGUCUCAAGGACGUGCCCGUCGUCGACACCUCUGACUUCUUCUUUGGUGUCAACUUACCAGCUUUGGGUGACUCGGAUGGGAACUUCGUCUUGGAUCCUAGGAAUUUUACGUUCGUAGGAGAUGACUUCCCAACCUUGGUCAUGCGGUUGGACUUUGGUACUCCGCUCCUCCUCGUCGACCUUGUGGAUCAAGACAUUCAGUUGAAGACGAGUUUGAACAAGAGAGACAGGGAACCGUUGAUCACGUUCCCGAGCACCGCGAAGUCAGGAACUUUCGCGCAAGUGAAGACUCUUGGGCCGCUGCUCGAAUUUGACUUCGUUCCUAGGAACUCUGAUGUAAAUGAUGGAACUGGUUUCAACCCGUUCGCAAUUGAAAAUGUCUUCGCCAAUGGCACUACCGUGCCUAAUGGCUCGUACCGCAUCCUUCUCCGUGCCCUGAAAGUCACUGGUGACCGUACGAAGGAAGAGGACUUCGAGAGCUGGCUAAGUCCUAUUGUCGGCGUUCAGGCUCCAGCAUGAGAUGCGACUAGAAGCGAAAUAGAACUUGGUAUCAUCGUCUAAAUAGUAUUACACGUAUCACUACUGCUCGUUUCCAUUUGCACUUGUAAGUAAAUAUGUUGUAUCAAUGAAGCAUCCCAAUCCCGAAAUCUCUAAGUGAUUGUU